AUGACAAAAGAACAAGAAGAAUUAAAUCAAAUAAAAGCAAAGAUUCAAGAACAUUUAAUAUCAUCAGGAAAUUAUGAUUUAAUAAAUAAACAACUAAAAUUACAAUUAUAUGAAUCAGGAUGGUUUGAUAAAGUAUCACAAAUUGCUAAUCGAGAAUUGAAUGAAAAUGAACAAAAUUUUGAUCAAUUGUUUUCAUUUGUAAAACCAAAAGCAGAAGAAUUGGUACCGGAAGAUGUUAAACAAGAUAUAUUAGAAAGAAUCAAGCAAUAUUUAGAUGGAAUAAUUCAAUAA